GCGACGGCAUUCCGCGAGAUUCAGCCGAUGAGAAAGCUCCUGCCGGUCACAGCUUUGCAACUCGCUUUACGUUAGGUACUUUCGUAAUGUCUUCAAUACGCAUACUUACUCUGAAAUAAUGUUAAAUUGUGGGUAAAUGAGUGGGUGAUCGCGCGAUGCGAGUGCCGCGCGGAUCCGUCGUGCGAUGAUCGCGCGUUGCACGUCCCCUUCGUGCUCACUGCACGCGCCGGCCUCUAUGAUUUUUAUCAUAUUGUUUUUCACUUUUGUACCAGUUCAGUUAGAUAGCGCGCGCGAGCGCAUCGUGGAUCGAAUGGAGAAUGUGACGCACACCGUGACGCGCAUCCUGGAUGGCUAUGACAUACGACUAAGACCUAACUUCGGGGGAGACCCACUGUACGUCGGCAUGGAUCUGACGAUCGCCAGUUUUGAUGCCAUUUCAGAAGUCAAUAUGGACUACACAAUAACCCUUUAUCUGAAUCAGUAUUGGAAAGAUGAAAGGUUGGAGUUUGGCUUAGCCGAAGAAGUCCUCACUCUCUCUGGAGAUUUCGCCGAUCGGAUUUGGGUGCCGGAUACGUUUUUUGCCAAUGAUAAGAACAGUUUUCUGCAUGAUGUGACCGAGCGUAACAAAUUAGUCCGUCUUGGCGGAGAUGGCAGCAUCACAUAUGGAAUGCGGUUUACCGCAACCCUGGCCUGCAUGAUGGACCUCCAUUACUACCCCUUGGACAGUCAGAACUGCACCGUCGAGAUUGAAAGCUAUGGGUACACUGUAUCUGACGUUGUGAUGUAUUGGAAAGACACACCGGUGCGAGGGGUGGAGGACGCGGAACUUCCUCAGUUCUCGAUACUGGGCCACGGAACGAAUGACAGGAAGGAGAAGUUAGCGACAGGCAUCUAUCAGCGUUUAUCACUAAGUUUCAAGCUGCGACGGAAUAUUGGGUACUUCGUCUUCCAAACUUACCUGCCGUGUAUCUUGAUUGUGAUGCUGUCCUGGGUUUCGUUUUGGAUUAAUCAUGAGGCCACGUCCGCGAGGGUUGCUUUAGGCAUAACAACGGUUCUGACGAUGACAACAAUAAGCACUGGGGUGCGGAGCAGUCUGCCUCGCAUCUCGUACGUCAAAGCCAUUGACAUAUACCUCGUGAUGUGUUUCGUGUUCGUUUUCGCGGCUCUGCUGGAGUACGCGGCCGUUAAUUACACGUACUGGGGCGCGAGAGCGAAAAAACGGGCCAAGUUAAAAAACAGAGACCUCUCCGCUAGCACCAGUGUCGAGAAGGAUCUCAAAAGCUCUGAAGGGACUCGAUCGCCCGAAGAGAUCAUAGCGCUAAGGGAGUGUACACCUACUUCGGGCCGCGUCUCCCCUUUGCUAGGGCUUCGAUCGAAGCCUCUACAGGUGGCCACCGGAGCCCCGCCGUCCCUGAGGCUGCAACGAGACCACACAAAUCUACGAUAUAGAACUCGACCGCACUCAAGGAAUUCAAGAAAUGGCGCCACCCAUAGGCCUCGAGUGAUGCACGCGCUCCGGAAAGGCGCAACAGUUUUAAAGGCUUCGAUGCCGAAAAUCCGCGACGUCAACGUCAUAGAUACCUACUCCCGAGUCAUAUUCCCGAUUUGUUUCCUUAUAUUUAAUGCCGUGUAUUGGGUAUUCUAUGUAAUCGAUUAGAAACUGUUUAGGAUUAGGUCAUCAUAAAUGUAAUACAAAAAGAAUGUUACGUGUACAGUUAUAUAAAGCCUAGCAUGAGUUUGACAUGUGUAUAUUAGUCGCUAAUAAAAAACCUACGAAAAACUAUCUGUAUGAUCUGAAACAUCUUAGUUUCGGUCGUAGCUCAUGGGAGCCCAAGGGUCUUCUUGACACUUCGUCAAACUCACGUUAGAAUCUCGGUGCGCAAAAAAAUGGAGAAUUUUAUAAUAAGUGAAUAUAAUUAAUUUGUAAUCAAAGAUUAAAUACAAUCUCAUACUUUGUCUAAGUUUAAUAGAUAACUUUUGUACAUAGCAAGUGCUGAAUAAAGUGUUGUUAAAUUAAAUUGUCCGCAAGAAAGAUGUUUUUGUAUAUUUUUUAUGUUUCACCGCUGGUUGUUACUAUAAAUUUAUAUAUACUGCCAUUUCUUCUCAUUUUACUUAUCAUACUGAGAUUAACUAUGUUUAUACACUUAAUAUAUAGUUUAGGAAUAUUUGAAACUAUUAAAAUGUAAUCACUACCUAGAUUUAGCUAAUUACCUUUAGUAGAGCUAGCAAAUAGAAUUUCUCACUUAACGUGUUUCAAAUAUAACGAGUUGAAUUCUAUUAUAAUUGUUGUGUUUAAAAGUAUAACCUUCGAUCGUGACGUUCUUUCAAGAGUUUAUCGUUAGAUUAAAACAUUACGAAAUAUAUUAUUAUAGCUUCCUAAUAAAUGAAUUUCGUUUAAAGAGGUCCAAGUAGACUCAAAAAGCAAAGAGAUUUAAAUAGUUAACUAGAUUUGUUAAUAUUGUUUAUGUUAAAAUGCAAUUAGACAUUGAGGUUAAUAUUAUAGAUGCAGAGCCAAAAAUUAUACUACAUUAGCCAAAAUAUUGUAAAAUAAAGUAUUAUGUAU